GACUUCCAGUGCAACAUCCACAUCAUCCCUGUGAAGAACGAGGAAGGCGUGGUCAUGAUGUUCAUCCUCAACUUCGACUACGUGGCCGACGAAGGAAGUGACAACUCUGCCGAGAAGAUAAGCCCCGCCUCCCCCACUAAGUCUGAUCAGAGAAUGAGUCGAUUCUUCCGCUUCCGCCAGGCGGCUCUGAGCCUGAUGAACACCAAGCAGUCUCUCCCGCAAGAGGACCCGGACGCCGUGUUGGUGGACUCCCCCAAAGACCAGGAGGACUGCGUGGCCCUCCAGGGCCUCCCCUCCCCCACCAAGAGCACCUGCAGCCCCCUGGAGGCCAACGACACUCACGCUCUCAUCAGCUCCAGCCGACACUCCUCCCAGGCCAGCGUGGCCCCGGAGCCUCUGGACCACUCCUCUCCCAAACUCCUGUGGGAAAAACUGUACCAGACCCAGGCGCACCAUUCCUCCACCUCCCUGUCCAACACCUUCCCCCGAGGAAGUGUCAGCAGCAUGAGGCGGGCCUCCUCCGUCCACGAGAUGGAGGGUUACACCUCCAGUUCCAAGAGCAUCUUCAGGGAGCGGCACGCCAACGAAGGUGCGUUUAACCACGUGAAGUCCAGCCUGCUGGGAUCCACGUCGGAGUCCAACAUCAACAAGUACAGCACCAUCCACAAGAUCCCUCUGAUCGCCCUCACCUUCUCAGACGCCAACGACAAGAAGACUCAUCACUCGCCGCCAUCCUCAGACAAAACCAUCAUCGCUCCCAAGGUCAAAGACCGCACGCACAAUGUCACGGAAAAAGUGACACAGGUGUUGUCCCUGGGAGCGGACGUGCUGCCGGAGUACAAGCUGCAGACCAACCGCAUCGACGUGUUCACCAUCCUGCACUACAGUCCGUUCAAGGCGGUGUGGGACUGGCUGAUCCUGCUGCUGGUCAUCUACACCGCCAUCCUCACGCCGUACUCCGCCGCCUUCCUGCUCAACGACCAGGAGGAGCAGCGCAGGCGGGAGUGCGGCUACUCCUGCAGCCCCCUCAACGUGGUGGACCUGAUGGUGGACAUCAUGUUCAUCAUCGACAUCCUCAUCAACUUCAGGACCACCUACGUCAACCACAACGAGGAGGUGGUCAGCCACGCCGCCAAGAUCGCCAUCCACUACUUCAAGGGCUGGUUCCUCAUCGACAUGGUGGCCGCCAUACCCUUCGACCUGCUCAUCUUCGGCUCUGGCUCAGACGAGACCACCACCCUGAUCGGACUGCUGAAGACGGCCAGGCUGCUGCGGCUGGUGCGGGUGGCCAGGAAGCUGGACCGCUACUCGGAGUACGGGGCGGCGGUGCUGAUGCUGCUGAUGUGCAUCUUCGCCCUCAUCGCCCACUGGCUGGCCUGCAUCUGGUACGCCAUCGGCAACGUGGAGAAGCCCUACCUGGAGCACAAGAUCGGCUGGCUGGACAACCUGGGCGUGUCCAUCGGGAAGCGCUACAACUACAGCGACGCCAACUCGGGGCCGUCCAUCAAGGACAAGUACGUGACGGCGCUCUACUUCACCUUCAGCAGUCUGACCAGCGUGGGCUUUGGAAAUGUUUCCCCCAACACAAACUCCGAGAAGAUCUUUUCCAUCUGCGUCAUGCUGAUUGGCUCCCUGAUGUACGCCAGCAUCUUCGGCAACGUGUCGGCCAUCAUCCAGAGGUUGUACUCGGGCACGGCUCGCUACCACGCCCAGAUGUUACGUGUCAAAGAGUUCAUUCGCUUCCAUCAGAUCCCCAACCCUCUGAGGCAGAGACUGGAGGAAUACUUCCAGCACUCCUGGGCCUACACCAACGGCAUUGACAUGAACACGGAGGUGCUGAAGGGCUUCCCAGAAUGCCUGCAAGCUGACAUCUGCCUGCACCUGAACAACAACCUGCUGCACAACUGCAAGGUGUUCCAAGGAGCCAGCAAAGGCUGCCUGAGAGCUCUGGCCAUGCACUUCAAGACCACCCACGCUCCUCCUGGAGACACCCUGGUCCACUCUGGAGACGUCCUUACCGCCCUCUACUUCCUGUCCAGAGGAUCCAUAGAGAUCCUCAAGGACGACAUCGUGGUCGCCAUCUUGGGUAAAAACGACAUCUUUGGAGAGAUGAUCCACCUGUUCGCCAAACCCGGCAAGUCCAACGCUGACGUGCGAGCCCUGAGUUACUGCGACCUGAGCACCAUCCAGCGGGAGGACCUCCUGGAGGUGUUGGACAUGUACCCUGAGUUUGCUGACUACUUCUUCGCCAACCUGGAGCUCACCUUCAACCUGAGAGACGAGUCUGCCAGGCCUUCCAGUCCUCAGGGCUGUGACUCGGACGGCGAGGGCACUCGGAGCAUGAAAAGAAGAAUCUCCUUCACGCCAGAAAUGGACGACCAUGACGUCAGCACACACUUGGAAAGGGACUCAAACCUGUGCCUGAAAGUCCGAGGUCCCUCCACGCCGAGCACCCCGGUGCUGGAGUCCAACCUUCUCGGACACAGCGAGACCACGGACAACUUGAGGAGAAGUCCAUCUUUCCAAGAAUGCGACUGCUGACUCCGCAGAUCUGUGCUGUGACAAAUGGGCGUGCAAGAAGCCCGCCCACCACCUGGAGGAGGCGGCCAUCUUGCAGGACCUGAGAGAAGAC